GGUCUGGGGGAGGGCGGGGCUAGGAGUGAUCUGGGAGGGGCGGGGCCAUGAGCGCCAUAGAAGUCCUGCAAAGAGUGGGAGAGGCAUUUGAGCUCAGACGUUUCGGCUCUUCUUGCUUGUUGAAAGUCCUCAACAUUGAAGCAUUAUUUAAGAAGCAUCUUGUUAGAAAAGUCUGUCACGCUUACGGAACUUGACAGAUAAAGCAGCGGGACUUGAGAGGUGGUGCUGAAAAGCAGAAAGAAGGUGAUUUCUUUGCCACAGGAUGGCAGAAACUCAAGAUGCAAAUGUUAUGAUGGUUCUCAUCAAGGAGGACAUGGAUCCCGAAAUAAAGAUGGAGGAAGAGGAGGGGGAGUCGACCAUUACUGAACCAGGAGACGUAAAAGAAGGCGCCGUUCUUCUGAAAGCUAAGGUGAAACAGGAGCCAGAGGAAGGCCCAUCUGGGAACUGGGAUGCCCAGUUGCAGGGCUUUUUGAUGGGCCUUCAGGCUCAUCCUUUGAGUGGAGGAACUCCACAGCUUCCUGAACUAAAGCAAUGUCACGAUCCAACAAUAAGGGCAACUGUUUUCAACAAGUGGGUUUCCCAAAUCCAGCCACAAGGCACUGGUGAAAUGCAAGACAGUAUGACACACAGUGGGAAGAGGGAAGAGGGAGUUCUGGCUGGAGAAGCCGUUCGAUCAGAAACACAGCAUGAGCAGUUCAGGGCAUUGCGCUACCAAGAGGCUGACGGGCCACGGAAGUUUUGCCAGCGGCUCCAAGAGCUUUGCCGCCAAUGGCUGAAGCCUGAGAGUCACACCAAGGAGGAGAUGCUGGAGUUGGUGACCCUGGAGCAGUUCCUGGCUGUCCUGCCGCCAGAUAUGCAAGCCUGGCUCCGGAAGAAUGGUCCAAAGACAUGCGCCCAAGCAGUAACCCUGGCGGAAGAUUUUCUCAUGUGGCAGCCAGAGGCCAAAGUCUGGGAAGGGCAGGGCACAGCCAUGACUGAUGAGGAUUUGGUAAACUUCUCUCAGGACAAACAGGUUCAGGCAGAUGUGGUGAAGAUACAAAUUCUCACUGAAGCCAAGCAAGCGAGUGAAGAGAGUGCGUCUGUGUUGGCAGAUGGAGGGUGGAUGGAAGAAAGUGAGGAGGAGAAGAAACCCAUCUUGGAGCAUCCUGAGCAAAUGGAGCUCCCAGUGAUGUUAUUGAAAACAGAUCAAGAACCUAAUGAGAGUCAGUAUAAGCCAGAGAGGCAGAAUGGAGGGGAUGAAGAGGAGAGAGAGUGUCAGUUGGUUUGCAAAACCGAAAAUGAACCCAACAUCCAGGAGGUUCAGAAUGUGAAAUAUGAGGAAUGUGACGAAAACUUUGGUCUGAGUUCGCACCUCACAAUGCCCAACAGUCCCCAUGAAGAGGAGAAGGAGAAGCCAUAUCAGUGCUGGCAUUGUGGCCAAAGCUUCAGCAGCAGCUCUGACCUUCUGUCUCAUGAAAGAAGCCACGUCGGGGAGAAACUGUACACCUGUUCCAAUUGCGGAGAAAGUGAAAGAAUCCACAUGGGCCAGAAGCCACACAAAUGCUCAACUUGCGGGAAUACAUUUGGCUGCAACACUCAGCAGGAAAAACAGAGAAGGAAGAAAAUACACGUGUGUCCAAUAUGUGGGAAGGCAUACAUGAAGAUAUCGAGUUUCCUUCAGCACCAGGGGCUCCACAGAGGGGAGAAACCUUAUAAGUGUUCAAAGUGCGCAGAAAACUUUGGGACCUACACAAGCCUCAAAGUCCAUCGGAGAACUCACACGGGCGAGAACCAGUACAAAUGUUCGUAUUGCGGGAUGUGUUUCAGCUGCAGCCCGCACUUGAGAGCCCACGAAAGAACGCACAUGGCGAUGUGUUCCUACUGUGGGAAGAGCUUCAACAAAAAGUCUGAACUUAUCGAACAUGAGAGAACUCACUCAAGAGGGGAUUCAUUAGCCUGUUUUGUCUGCGGGAAAGCCUUUGAAGUCAUUUCAGAGCUGGUUUUCCAUGUGCGGACCCACACGGAUAAGACGCCUGAAUGUUCGGACUCCAGGGAAAUCUUCCAGUGCUCACAGUGUGGGGAUACUUUCAGUCAUGGCUCUGCUCUCAGAGUCCAUCAGAGAAUCCACACAGGAGAGAAGAUAUAGUGGGAAGUGUUUCGUUUGGCCCCGUAACCUAAUGUCAUGUGAAGGAAUCCACUUGUGUAUAUGCUCCUGAUGUGGGAAAGGCUUCAGCUGUCAAUCCGACCUUGUUGAACAGGAGAGGACCUGUGUGAGAACUUUUGGCGUCUCUUCAGUACUGUUAAUUUGUAUGAAAACUCGCAUGGUACAACUGUUUGAAUGCUUGGAUUGAUGUGGGAAAAAACUCUUCAGGAAAAAAUGCAACUAAUUAUGCAUCAGGGGAGAAGCGGCACAUCCAAACCUGUUUGGAGGAAAGGCUUUCAUCAGAGGUAGAGCCUUGCUCUUCAAAAGAAAGAUGGUUUCAAAGACAUAGAUAUUUUGAAAGGUCCCUGAUAUUAAAUCUUGCAAGAGACCCAGGAGAUGGAAGAGAGAUGAUAAAAUUGCUCCUGCUGUAACAAAAAGUUUCAACUUAAUAUCUUGCUCUAGUGAUUUCUCAAAGAGGAAUUGGUCAGACUAUGAGGAAACACUAAUUGUUACAUGGGAUGCCCCUAAAUCACUCUCCUAGACUACACUGAGGUAGCAAGGAAUGUGGUGCUGGUUUGAAUUUGAUCACAUUAUUUUUAGAAAAACAACAGGAUUAUUCAUGUCUUGGAUCUUAUGUUUUUAUAAAAUGCCAACAUUGGCAGUGCUGGGUUUUCAGCACAGGUAGGUCCAGGUUAUUAAAUAUGAUAUAUACAUACAAGUUUCCACUCAUA